AUGAAUCCAUCAGACACAUCAAGAAACCUACACAAUUACCCAAACAUCGACAACUCCAAUGUCAAUUCGAGGUGGGAACAACAGCAAUCGGAUGUGCACGAUGAAGACAACUCGAUGCAGCUACCGUUGUUUCAUAUGACGCCACUAGACAAUCCAGAAGGUUUGUUGCCAACGUUGGAGUCAACUGAGCCCAUAUUGGUGCCCACCAAUUUAUCCACUUCGUCCAUGCCUGGACACAAUCUUGAAGCUCAAAUACAACCUACUCCACAAUUGCCGAGCCAACUGUAUCAAGAAGUGGUUCCGGUAAGUAACGAUUCGAGGUCUUUUCAGGUGCCCACUUCUUCCCAACUUAACCAACACUUAGCAAUCUCCGAUCUCAACAAGCGUCGACGUUCUUCCACUCAUUCUUCUUCAAAGCCUAAACAUACAAGGCGGAACAGGCCUGGCAAAAGAUUUGGUGCCAAGAAGAGAUGCUGGGUAUGGUCUUGGUUCAAACAGGAUGACAAAAAUCCUAAUAUUGCUGUUUGCAACACUUGCUUGCGAGCCAUUGUCAGGGUGCCAUCCGAUAAAGGUUCGCCAAAAAAGUUGAUUGAGCAUUUAAAAACUCAUGGUAUUACUGCAGGAAGGAGAACUGACGAGAGGAACGCAAGUAGAAACCGCUACCAACAACACACUGAGAAUAUACUGGCUAGACAGAGCAGUUUAGAACGGAAUGAGCAAUUUGGCCAAAGACAAGCACCUCCAAUCAGGCACAACAUGCCUCACAACGAGCUGCAAGGAUAUCAAAUGCCCCAGGCUCAAACUUACCCAUUUCAAAUCAAAUUAUUUCAUCACCAUUUGUUGUCGUUUCUAAUAGAAAACAGACUACCGAUAAACAUCAUCCGAUCUCGCCCUUUUCAUCAGGUUGUGCAUGAUUUGAAGCCAGAUGCAAUUAGCGACUUACUGGAGUUGUUGUACUUAUAUGACUCCAUUUUACACGUAAGCCGGUACGGACCAAACACUCGACUAUUUCCGAGUGCUGAAGAGGAUGCAACAAUAGCAUUAUUAGCAAAUACUCUACAAAGACAAACGUAA